UGUCCAUCAGUGCCAGCAGUCAGUGCUCAUCAGUGCCACGUGUCAGUGCCCAUCAGUGCCACCCAUCAGUGCCAGUCAGUGCCACCUAUCAGUGCAAAUCAGUGCAACCUAUCAGUGCUGCCAAUCAGUGCCACCUAUCAGUGCCAGUCAGUGCUGCCUACACAGUGCCAGUCAGUGCUGCCUACACAGUGCCAUAUAUCAGUGUCAUGUAUCAGUGCUGUCUUUCAGUGCCCAUCAGUGCAACCUACCAGUGCCUCCUCAUCAGUGCCCAUCAGUGCCACCUAUCAG